AUGGAUAAUAAUUCUACUUCGGCUCCUCUCGCAGAUUACUUCUGGAUCGCGGGGAUCGAUUCUUUACAAUAUGGACCCGAGGUUUUCCCCUCGAACACAAGGGAUAGAUCAAACAACAAUAUACAAGCACCUCCUUCUCCUCAGGUCGAUUCUACAAUAGAAGAAGGUCCUGAAGGUGAAAACUCACCUCCUCCAAACACCAAUCGAGCUUCAGCACGCCAUUCCCGUAAUAACUCAUGGAAUCGGCUCAGCAAACAACCUUCGCACGAAUCGCGAAGCUCUAUAUCCACUCUCGAUGAGUUUGAAGGGACUGCUAGCAAUCGAAGUAGCAUGACAAUCAAACCUGGUGAACCCGAACCCGAACCCGAACACAUCAAUGGUAAUGGUAAUGGAAAUGGAAAUGGAAAUGGAAAUGGAAAUGGAAAUGGUACAAAGGGCGAGGGAGGAUUAUUUGGAAAUUUCGAUUUCGAUAAGGCGCUCCUCAAGUUUGCGAGCGAGCGGGAGAACUUCCUGGAUGAUUUGAGCUUUAGCGGUGGAGCCCCACCACAAGCUGCUGCUCCUAUGACGAAUCCGAGAACUUCAAGAUUAAGAGUGGAAGAUGCAGAAAAUAUACAUAGGAGGAGUCCAACAUUAAGGAGUGUGGGUGGAAGUAUCAGGAGAAGAAUUAGUUUCCGAGAUCUGAACAGCGUCAAGAGACAACCUUCCAUGGCAGGCAGAAGUACUUCGGUCCGAACUUCGAGACGCCUUAGCAAUUAUAAUUCCGUCAUUCCUCCUCCAGAGCCACUGAACCUCGACCCUGACAUGCACCCAUUGAAACGACGUUUUGAACCAGUUUUACUCGAUCGAUAUCCACCGAAACAUGCGACGGAGGAAUUACCGAGGAGAGGUAAAUUUCCCGAUUACGUCCCUAUGUUUGCAUUUCCCAAUGAUAUCAAUAUUGUUUCUUCGGACGAACGACCACGAUCGACUUGGCAUGGAUUUGCUAUGACCUCGGAUGAUAAUUCCAAAAUAUAUGGUAUUACUGUACUUGUUUGGAAACCAUUGGAUCAAGAAGCGGCCGAAAAUGUUGAAAGAAGAUGCGAGGCUUGGAGACAAAGCCAUAUGACAAAUGAGGAACGAGAGCUUGCAGCAAGUUUGGGAGAACGAUUGGCUGCCGAGCGGGCGUAUCUUUCACAGUUGUUAGCAAAAUUGCCCGGUGUUGUUUCUGGCUCAACUGCUAGAGAACAAUUGGAGGAGCAAAUUAGUGCAGUGGAAGAGAAGAUUACUCUGAUGACUGACAUGUUGAGGCCUGUCAGACACGGCGCAGCAGCCAAAAUCGAGGGCUUGACUGAUGGGGAGACGGGACUUUGGAUACCAAGAGCAUAUGGAAUUCUUGGCAGAGAUGGAAGUAUGACAAGCUUCUGGAAGGAAUGGCUGAAAGCUGUUGUGGUACCUAUGACAGAUGGUGGAAUCCUGCGAGUCCCUGCAAGCUCGCCAAAAAUCGGUAGAUGGCAACCCCUGGAGAGAUAUGUUGUCAACUUGUGUACCGAAGCACUAAGCCCAAUAUCCUCGAAAACCCAAAUCGAAAUCGCAGUGCGAGAGCUACGACUUUUUGCACGUAAGGAAGCACCAAAUGAAUUACCAGAGUCACGAAAUACGGAUAUUUAUGCACUAUUUAGAGCUUUGAGUAUACCCAAUAUCGUUGCUCUGGUAGAAUUUAUGUUGUCGGAAUCUAGGAUCAUUUUACUCUCAUCUCAUACAGCUAUGUUACAUCUUGCUAGUAAGGCCUUGGUCAGUCUUCUAUACCCACUCAAAUGGGCAAGCAUCUUCAUUCCAGUUCUACCUGCUAGGUUGAUUUCCGCGCUGGAAGCACCUUGUCCAUACAUCGUUGGGGUUGAGAGGAGAUAUGAUAAUAUAGAGCUUCCGGAGGAUGAUUAUGUUUUCGUGGAUCUGGAUCAAGAUACAGUGGAGUCUACUGCCCCACCCGUUUCAUUACCACGACAACAGCGUCGAAAGCUUGUGUCCCUCCUGCAGUUGGCAGCUCCACAUCAUAAUAGAUGUGGCGUAGAGGUCGCACCGCCACCUUACGCUGUUGAAACCUUCCCUUACGAUGCAUUUUCAUCGGAGAACGAAGAAAUAUUUACUCAAAAUGCACCUCCUGGCACUUUGGGAAAAUACGUUAGCCAGAACUCGACCACGUUCGGAGAGCCGGAUUUGCAAAAGAGGAAGAGACCUUUGGUUUUCAAUGCAUUCCUGCAAUCGAAGAACGACCAUACUCGUGUUGAGCGUCCAUCGACCAGCAGAUCGAGUAAAACCAGUCCACCAACAUCUCUGUCGCCUGUAUCUGGACACUGUCCGCCAAUGCCUACGACUCCUAUAUCUCGAAACGAUUCCGGGUUCGCUCUCACGGCUACUUUGAGGGAAAAGAGGUCUGGUCAUUUCGAUACAAACUCGAGACGUAGUUCCUCAUUUGGUUUGGAACGACAGCCAACUCUUCGUAGACCGAGUGCACCAUUUGUCAAUGGUCAUUCGGCUAGUCUUUCCACAUCUGCUGUUUCCAUCGGCGACAGCAACUCCAUGUAUGGAUAUGCACCAUCUGCUUAUGCACCAUCCGCCUAUGCCGCCUCCACUAUUGCUGCAUCAACAAUCAUGCCCAAUAUGCUCAUGCAACCAGUUCGUAAUACGGAGACGACAAUCUGGGUAGAAGGACAUUGUUUUGGUUUUCAUGCCAACGACAUGGCAUCUGUAUGCUCAAUCUGUGAUGAAAAGGCCGAAGGUGAUGGCAUGUAUACUUGCAACGCUUGCAGCACGAUUUCCCAUGGUCGUUGUCUAGGCUGGUGUUCUCUUGUGUGUCCAUCCGCCUUCCACGCAGAUCGUGUACGUGCAGCUUUCGUUCGAUGUUUCGCAAAUCUGUUCUACACGUAUAGAAAGCAUCUUGGCCGACCGUCAAAAGAGCAGAAGGCAAGCGGACAACUAUAUGGCUUUGAUAUGAAUGGUUUCAUGAAGAGUCUCCCAAGCGAUCAACAAGAAUAUGUACAAAUGCUGCAACAGACACAAGGAUUCAAUGAAUUCAUUCAUGAACGCGAAACCAGACAAUCGAACGACCGAGAUGUUCAAUUGUUCGACUCAAUCAUUCAAGCUAAGAAGUCCAGGGGACGCGCAUCAUUCUUCUCUUCGAAAGCAUCACUUCGACCUAGUUUCCUUGAGGAUACAUCGGAUCACUUAUGGCGCUCCGCAUUAGUCCCAGUCCCCAGGGAUGCCAAGUUUCCUGGUGAUUAUAAGACAAUUGUCUCGAGAAUUCCAGCACAAUUGGAUAUUGGAUUAAUGAAAGAGCCACGCAGCGUUGCAGGAGUACCACGUAUGGAUAUGCCGGGGAAAAGAGUGGGCCGUAAAGCAGUUCCAAGUAUGCUAGGUGGCAGGGGAUUAAACUGA